AUGGGUCGUCAUACAAAGAACCAGCCGUCAAAAAACAAUGUACAAAAUGGCGCCACUGCUAUAUCCACUUAUGAAAAAUACAAAGAAAUCAAGCUUAAAUACAUGGAAUUGAAGAAGGUCAACCAAGAGCUAAACGAAGAAUACGGACGCGCCAUAAAAACAGUUAGAAAAUGCAAAGAAGAAAGAGAUUCUUUACUGGACAAAUUGUCUACAACUUAUAUUAAAAAUGAAUCAACCUCGACCAAGGACCAUCAAAGACGACAAAAUGAUGCAUCUGCUGCACAUAAUGUAAAAUCAGCAGCGCAUGCUGCAAGGAACAUCGUAAAUGAUGUUCCGGUUACUUCAUCAAAACGUGGUCCCGGUCGUCCUCCCGCAAGUUCGAGGAAUGUUAAGGCGUACCAUGUCGAUAAAGAUGAGAAUGGUAACUACAUUCUGCCCGUCGAAGUAGGACUCCACACAAUUCUUGAUUUAGGAACUGUGGUCUUUGAUCGUUCUGCAUACCAUAAUGAUCGAUACAUAUAUCCAGUUGGGUACUCGACACAACGACCAUACCUAAGUAUGAUCGACCCGACUCGAGAGACAACAUACACCUCAAGGAUCGAAGACGCCGGAGAUAACCCGAGAUUUGUUGUUCAAGCUGCAGAUCAGCCCGAAGCAAUAAUCGCAAGUAGCGCGACUGGAGCAUGGACCCCAGUCAUUAAACAGGCCAACAGCAUUCGGAACAGAAAGCAUUCAAACGCGGCUUCUGGACCAGAUUAUUUUGGGUUGUCACAGCCCACAGUUCGGAAGAUGAUACAAGAGCUUCCGAAUGCACAUAAAUGCAAAAAUUAUAGAAUGCAAGAAUUCGAAGUACAUCCUAUUGGCAUACGCGGUCGAGGAAAGCAUUCUCGGUCGGGGAAAUACUAG